UCUAAAACUCAAAUUGGCCACCCACUUCUCUCACUCGAGGCAUCAAGAAGCCCUAUUUUCCUCUGCGACUCUCAAUCCUCGCAGAUUUUGUAUCCUGUGCGUGGGCUGGACUGGUAGGAAAUAUCGGGAAAUUUCCCGAAAAAUGGGUAAAAUACCGAUAAAUAACGAAAUAUCGGUGAUAUUUCCGAAAAAUUACCGAAAUUUCCGUCGAUAAUCGGUGACGAAUAUCGUGUUGGAGCCGAUCGCCGAAAUUUUUCGAUAUUUCAAACACUGGUCGACACAACAGCUUCUCAUCUUACGACGCUGUUUUUGGGUGCUCCCAUUCACCAGCACAAAUCACAAUUUUUAUGCUCCUCCUUGUUCCAAAUAACUCUGGCUUACUGGUGCAAAAAGAAGCUCGCUUCCCCCACCCCACCACAACCACAAUCCCCACCCCUUCUCUCUUUUUGUUUGGUCAAAUUGAUGGAGGGCAGUCUUGCUGAUGAGCUCUAUUCAGAAGCCUUGCAGCUAUCAAGGGUAAAAUUGGAUCAUGGGUCAACUACCAAUCUUAAGCAGGAUGAAUUAUGUGAUAGCAAUGGGGAUGACUUGUGGCAUGAAGAUGCAUCUUUAGGGGAUGGUUCUGAUGAAGAUUUGGAUAAAGUAUCUGAUUUGGACAGGGAAUGGCAGAGGAGGCGUGACCAAUUUCAUACGAUUGGGUAUCGUGAUGGCGUCAUAGCGGGUAAAGAAGCAUCUGCUCAAGAGGGAUUCAACAUUGGCUUUAAGGAAUCAGUGUUUGUCGGAUACAAAUGGGGUCUUGUCAGAGGUGUUACUAGUGCUCUAGCUUGCCUCCCAGAUGGCUUGAAAGAGAAGUUGGUUGAAACACAAGAAGCUAGAAACAAAUUCCAGUGCUUGUACAAAACUGUUCAUUCCCUUUCAACGGACAAUGCCCUUAAGUUGUUUCAUGAUGGCAUCCUAAAAAAUAAAUCAGUUGAACAGACUGGGAAUGUUGAGUCUAGUUCCAAUGUAGCAGACAUGCAAGAUCGAAGUUCAGACAGCAAUGUUCUGGAAAACCACUUUGAAGAGCUUCAAUCACUUAUUCGUGAGUCUCCGACAGUAAAAGUGCAUUUAACAAUAGACCAGUAGAUUGUGAAAUAGAUUUUCCACAUAAUUUGUUUGUUAUUCAGAAAUAAACUAGUUUGCAUUGUAAAUUUUUAUUGAAAAAAAAAAGGUUCUACCUUUGUUGUAGUGGUAAUUGUUGUAGUAUUUAAUUCUUAAAAGAGAAAUGUAUUCAGUAUCAUUAUUUUUAUGAUGCUGUCAGUAAUUCAUAUAUAUACAUACAUAUAUAUAUAAGCUUCUGAUCC